AUGUCCCACCAAAUUAGUCAUGUGCCAAAGCUUUUGUGUAUAGUUAUAUUAUUUAUAUUUACAGAUGUGAACGCUCUAGUACUGAGAGCGUACAUAUCACAACACGGCCUCCACGGAGAGAUCGAGUUCUCACACAAGAAUGAGAGUCUCAUCAGCAUCAGAACCAACUUGAAGACUACUCUACAGUAUCCUGAUGGAGUGUGGCGGUGGGCUAUACACGAGUAUCCCGUGGACUAUACGGAUAUAUCCAACGAAAGAUGCUCACAAGAGAAUCUGGGGAGAGAAGUCGUAGAUCUGACGGAGGAACUCGGCUACCUGAUCGUGCCUGGGAAGGAUCACGCCGAGUUCGAGAGUAAAGUAACUCUCACGGGGCCUCUGGGACUGUGGGGCAAGAGUAUAUUAUUAGAAACUGCUGAGAAAGAUAGGAUCAUCUGCGCCUCGAUACUCUCAACGGAAAAACUGUACGAGAAACACGCGUUCGCAAGAUUCAGUGCUCCUAUAGCGGGGACAUUACACUUUAGAUGGCUAGCAGCGAGAGAGUUCGAUGAAACCGACUCCUACAUACAGGCAGACUUAUACCACAUCAAGACAGUGAAGGAAAACCAAGGAUACACACAGCACAAGUGGAAGUUAUUUGUGACAGAUAUCUUUGAUUCAGACAAGGGUAACCAUGAAGAUAACUGUAAUGUUCUGCAACUUGUAUUCGACCCUGAAAACAGUGGAGACGGAAUGAGCGUUGGAGACCUGGACAGUAGGCUGGGACUCAUCAAAGUAGCGACGGACCCGAACGUGAAGAACACGAGGACUCUGUACAGAGACGACGUGUUGAAUGUACUGAGGAAUGAUAUGGAGGUGACGCGCAGGAGUCUGUACGUGGUCAUAUAUGAUAACAAACACUCAGAGAGCUUCCUGGCGUGCGCCAAGCUGAGGAUCAUGCCUCCGAGGAGCACCAAAGCCCUCAUCAACAUGGACGGUAUACGAGGCAUCGUUGAGUUCAGUCAGCGCUCGCCCUUCGACCCGACCUGGGCUAACUUCCAACUUGGUGCGUCGGACCAGGACUACGAGUCCAACCUUCGCUUCGUGAGCUCCAUGCUCCAGUACAGCAUCAGGGAACUUCCUCCGAAGCUGGUGGACGCCAGUCAGUGGACCAGCGUGUGUAAUACUACGGGCCACUUAUACAAUCCCAUGGGACUGAACUUGAAUAACAUACCACCACCAGGUAUGGGUACCCAGGACCAGUACCCGGUGGGUGACCUGCUCGGUAAGUACAAGGACCGCACCGAGUACCUCAACCACAAGUACCUGCUGCCAGGACUGGCCAACGAGCUGAGUGGAGCGUACUGGGACACAUGGCUACCUCUCAGCGGGAAGCAUAGUGUGAUGCAUCGAGCGGUCGUGCUCACGCGUCGUCCUCCCAAGCACGAGGUGUGUGGCACGCUCCUACUGUAUGAGUACGGUACAGAUGAACAGACGAGGAUGACAUCCGCCAGGGUAGUCUUCAGAUACCCCAUAGUGGGCAGUGUACUGUUCAGACAACCUAGCGAGCGGCCCUGGGAAGAUACCACCAUUAUUAUUGAGAGUAUGGUCCACGCAGACGGUGCUAAUGUAAACAACACAUUCGAUCACCGCUGGGCUCUUCACUCGGAGCCUCCUGGUAAGGAUUACUACAACUGGACGGGCCGCUGCCUGUCCGCGGGGGGCCUGCUGGACCCGUACGGGGUCGACCUGGACAGUAGACAUCCAGAGUACUACUGUAGGAGGGGCCUUGAAGGACUGUGUCGACUCGGGGACCUCACUACCAGACACGGCACCCUAUCAGUAGCCGGUAAGAAGUCUUCCUCAUCAUCUCUAACGCGGCGUCUGUUCUCUGACCCGGUCAUCUCUCUCCACGGCCGGAGGUCAGUCAUCAGACGGUCACUAGUGGUGUAUGAUGACCACGGACCUGUCGCGCGCGGGGAGAGGAUGGCAUGCUCCAUUGUGUCUGGUCACGCUCGUCGUAAGGCGGUGGUACAAGACUGGUUCGGGAACGGGAAUGAGAUUCGUCUUCGUGGGAAGAUGGAAUUCACUCAGCAGUCGGAGUACGACGUGGUCAAUGUGGAGGUGACGCUCGAAGAACUAGCAGCAGACGCCGGGGGAUAUAAUAUACAUGUCACUCCCAUUGAAAGAGACUUGGAGUUUCCCUGUGAGAGGACGACCAUCUAUGAUACGUACAACCCUUUUCACGUCAACAAGAGCCAAGUACCGCCGCCGACCAAAGGCACAGCGGACCAAUACAUGUUAGGUGACCUGGGCGGUAAAUACGGUCUGUUGAAUGAUCUGAAAAAAUACUCCACCUACUACAAUGAGACUCAACUCUCCUUGUACGGACCGUACAGUAUCCUGGGACGGUCGGUCGCUCUACAUAAAAAGUCGUCUGACCGUCGCUGGGCGUGUUCGUCCAUAGAGCGUGGGUACAGUCCGUCCGAGGCCCGCGAGCUCCGCGCCGUGGCCUCCUUCCACCACCCCGGGGGCUUCGCGUGGGGCUACGUGAGGUUCACACAGCUGAUACACAACGACGGCAGCGCCAGCGACACUGUCAUAGAGGUCAACCUGAGACACCCUGGGGUCAGGGACCGGAACUUGACUCACGAGCACGGCUGGGAGGUGUUCGUGAACCCGGUGGGUGUGGACGCGGCGGUGAAGGUGACCGGCACGCGCUGUGUGGCCGGAGGGUAUCGAUGGAACCCGCACUUCACGCAGCUCGCCGACCCGCUGAAUCACGACCUGUACAGUCAGGAGUGUGGCGCGGACAAUCCUCUGCGGUGUGACGUGGGCGACCUCACCUCCAGGCUCGGAACUAUAUCGGUGGGUGGUGCGCGUCAAGUGUUCGUGGACAGCAACCUCCCCCUCUCGGGCUCCGUGUCAGCCGUAGGUCGGUCGCUGGUGGUGCUCGGGCCGGGCCGCUCCUCCGAGAGGUUCGCGUGCGCCAACAUACAACCUGACAAGGACAUCAUCAAAUACGUCAACGUCAUGAAGCCGCCUAGAUUCGUGCUAGGUCAGUUCCUGUCGGAGGUCCGUAAGGUCCUGGGCGCUCCGCCAUGGAUGGUGUCUGUAGACUCUCGCCGCACGCGUCCUCUCCACAGAGGCUCAUGUCUACAACUGCUCAUGCACUUCACGGGACCAGAUGCUAACAGACUCGAGCUUGACUUCACGAGGUUGCUAGCGUCGGGUCGCCUCGCCGCUCCCAGCAUCUUCAUCCCGGGCUACGUCAAUACUAAGAGGAAGACCACCAUAUCAUACAAGCAGUGCGGGGUCACUGACCCCAACGAAACGAAGAAGAGUUCAUUUUUCUUCCCGAGUCGUUCGUCGUCGUCGUGGUCGUGUCGUGUCCGUAUCGUGACGGUCCUCGCCUGUAUUAUAAUAUCAAUGCUUCAGUUACCAUAG